AUGUCUCUUGCCGACUACCUAGCCAAAAACUACCUCACGGCAGAUUCUUUACAUGGCUCUGACCGUCCCAAAAAGAAGCGCAAAAGGAACAAACACGCUGAAGAGACGGACGGGCUUAUAAUAGCAGACGAUGACCCUCCAGACCUCCGGUCGGCUUCUACCACUCAGCAGAAGUCCCGCCGAGGAUUUGGAUACGACGACGAUGACGAUGACAUGGGACUGGAAGCUACAAUAGCGGGUUCGUCUAAAGAAUUCAAAAAAUCCAAAUCGAAAUGGAAAACCGUCGCUGGACCCACCGCGCCCACCAACGCAGAACAACUCGCCGCUGACGCAAUCCUAGCUUCUGCGGCUGCCGAACGGACGGCACGGGCGGAGGAAGAAGAAGACGAGAAGCCGAUGGUUGUGGAUAAUGAUGAUCGUGAAGAUGAAGUGCUUAGGAUGGAAUCUGGGGCGCGUGCUGGCCUACAGACCGCCGCUCAGACUGCAGCCAUGGUCGCUGCGCAGGAACGAAAACAUGCCAAGGAUGCUGCCUCGAUGCGGAAAAGGCAAGCCAAGGGGGAGGAAGCAGAGACUAUAUAUCGUGACGCGUCGGGUCGUAUUAUCAAUGUUGCUAUGAAGCGCGCGGAAGUACGAAAAGCUGCGGAAGAAGCGGCGGCCAAGGAGGCGGCGGAGAAAGAAGCCCUGACGGGUGACGUGCAGAGAAAACAAAAAGAAGAGCGGAGGAAAUUGAUGGAGGACGCCAAGUAUAUGCCGCUGGCACGUACGGCGGAAGACGAGGAAUUAAACGCGGAGCUCAAGGCGAGAGAGCGUUGGAAUGAUCCUGCUGCCCAGUUUUUGACCAAGCCAUCUGCGACGAGUGCUGGUGCGAAAAAAAUGUACAAAGGUGCUGCGCCGCCUAACAGGUAUGGGAUUCGUCCUGGGCAUAGAUGGGACGGGGUGGACCGGAGUAACGGCUUUGAAAAGCAGUGGUUUGAUGCUAGGAAUCGGAGGGAGAGGAAUGAAGGCCUGGCAUAUGCAUGGCAAAUGGAUGAGUGAUUACUUAUUACCUCCCUCACCCAUUAAAGGUCUAUUUCAGGUCGACCCACCAUUUGAACGGUACAUUGUCAUAUGUGAUACAACCGGAUAUAUGAUGCCCUAAAAGAUAUUGGUCGAGGUGCUCUGGGAGAUAAAUGGUGCGAGCCACUUAUGCUUGAAUAACUAUGAGAUAUACGACGCUUGCACUGGCAUUGUGCUGGCAAGGUGAAAAAAAGUGAACCAGGACAGGAAGCAAUAUCGGUCUUGGGGCAAAAGCAGGACUUGAACAGCUCUCCGACAAAUUACGUUCGGUGGCUCUUGCAAGGGCCUAAAGAGCGUAUUUACCAGCUUGAUUGGGGAGGAGAUGUUUACCAAGUGUUCCAAAAUGAAGAACGCGUGUCUUCUCGGAAUAUGGUUAUUAUACACGAUUGUACGGAGUAGUUCUCCCUCUUUGGGAUGGGGUAUAAAC